AUGACAACUCAUCUACCUGAACAAUUAUUACAACCAUUUUAUAGUAAUGCACUUCAAAUGACGAAAUCCGACGGGUAAAUAAGAUUAGAAUUAUUUAAGACGCGCUUUUUACUCUACCAAUUAAAUAGAGUAAAAUCAGUAUCUCGAAGAUAUGGAUAAAGAUUACUUCUCAGUGGAAAGACUAGCAUCGGAUAAAUAUCAGGAAUCAUGAUAAGGAUCAGUUAAAGUUGAAAAUCUUAAAGUGAUCAAUAUAAUCAGAGUGAAAUCAACAAUCUUAACGUGUCACUAACGAGAGAACAUAUUUAGGUAUUCAAGCCAUUUAGAUCCCAUCUUUUGGCGAUAGAUAGAUCUCGAUGAGAUAUGAAAAACCCCAAAAGGAUAAGUGCCCUUA